CUCUACGCAAAGGCAGUAGACGGACGGUGCGUUCAGGAGGCAGAAACCUACGCCACACCUCUGCAUAUAGUACGCACACAGCGCGCAAAAACCAACUCCACCAUGAAUCCGCACCACAGGAAGGUUCACUUGCCGGUGCCAUCUUUCGCCACAGCGACGCUGCUCCUGCUUCCCCUCGCGCUCCUCGCCGCCGUGCUCGUCGCCGUCUACCACAACGAGUUCGCCCUGCAGUCCUAUCUGGCCCGCCCCGCCUGCCCGAGCAACGCCAGCGACACCAGCCUCACGGGGCGGCACGUCGCCGUGCGGGUGGCCCCGGAUUUCCGGCUGCUCAUCGGCGUGCUGACGCUCCCGGGCCUGUACGAGCGGCGGCACCUGAUGCGCACGGUGUACGCGCUCCAGCAGCCGAACCUGACGGCGCACGUCGACGUCCGGUUCGUCUUCUGCCGGCUGGCCUCGGAGGAGCAGCGCGUGCUGGUGGCGCUGGAGGCGAUGCAGCACGGCGACGUGGUGGAGCUGGACUGCCCGGAGAACAUGGACAACGGCAAGACGCACGCCUACCUCUCCAGCGUCCCGGCGCUCUUCGGCGACCGGGCGUACGACUUCGUGAUGAAGACCGACGACGACACCUUCCUCCGCCUGCCGCAGCUGGUGGAGUCCCUGAACCGGGCGCCCAGGGAGGACCUGUACUACGGGUGCAUGGUGCCCUGCGACGUGGUCCGCGCGCAGGAGAACGAGUACAUGUCCGGCAUGGGGUAUGUCAUCUCGUGGGACCUCGUGGAGUGGAUCGUGGCGGCCGCGGAGCAGAUCAGGAACCACACGGUCGGGCCGGAGGACAGGCUGGUCUCCACGUGGUUCAGAGGUGCCGGGAAGGGCAAGAACCGGGUGGACACGAAGCCGGCCAUGUACGGCUUUCCGGAUCGCGCGGACCAUUGCGCGCACGAGCUCGUGCACGACACCAUCGCCGUGCACAAGCUCAAGAACAACGGGAGGUGGGCGACGACGCUCAAGUACUUCAACUUCACCGCGGGGCUCCAGCCGUCCAAGUUCACGAGCAUGGAUUGAUGACUGGGUUUUUUCUUUUCUUUUUUUGCGGGGUUGAUCUCGUAUUGUAUUUUGAUUGUAUUAUUAUUAGUACGAAAUUCACAAGGGCACACGAAUGCGGGGGCAAUCAGCUGCCAAGCCCUGCCGCCCGCUUGAGUUAUCUCGUGAUUGGCAAAGUAGUUGAAUCCCACAUGAGUGACAGUAAAAAAGAAA